GUUUCUUCUCCUCCGAGAGCUCCCAUAAAACUAGCAUUGUUUACCUAAAUUUAUUUAUCGGUUUAACUAGUUCAUUUUGCUAUCAAACUUCUGGUCACACUGUUUGGAAGUAUACAAUUCGUCGUAUAGUCAAAACACAUGUUUGUGUUUUAGCUGGAAGUACACAAUUCGAAUUUUAAUUGAUGUGGCGAGUUUUAAAGUUGUCGCUGACACAAGAAGAACCAAUGAACUCUACGUCGUCAUGAAACGCAGUGAAGACAAUAGUCCCAAACGCAAAGCAAUGAACACAAACACGAAUUCAUCCCCCGGACAGCGCAAGCUGCAAACGUCAAUGGAACGCUUGCAGGUGCAGCAAGCAAAUGUAAACAGACGCGCUGCCGGCUCCAAUUGGCAAGCGGCGAUGGGCAACGAAAAUCACAAUCAAGCAGCAUCAAGUUCAGCCUCGACGUCAACAGCUGGUACCCACGAAACGGAUGCCACAUUAACCAAAUCGGCCCGAAAUCGUCUCAAGCGCAAAGCACAACGCAAUCGUUACCUCGCCAUGGACUGUGAGAUGGUUGGCGUUGGUCACAACGGCCAGGAUGCGAUGCUGGCCCGCGUCUCCAUUGUAAACAAGGUGGGUGAAGUGUUGCUGGACAAGCAUGUGAAGCCACGCCAACCCGUCGUGGAUUAUCGCACCAGCAUUUCAGGCAUUCGACCAGAAGACAUCGAGAAUGGCGAGGACUUCAAAGAUGUGCAGGCCGAGGUGGUGAAGCUGCUGCAGGGCAAAGUGCUCGUGGGUCAUGCGCUGCGUAACGAUCUCGCCGCUCUGGGAAUUAAGCAUCCUAAGGCGCACAUCCGCGACACAUCCGUCUAUAAACCGCUCUGCAAAGUGGUCUCCAAUGGCCACACACCUAGUCUGAAGCGUCUUACGAUGGCCGUUCUGGGCAAGGAAAUUCAGACUGGUGAGCACAACUCAGUGGAGGAUGCACGGGCCGCCAUGAGCAUCUAUAAUCUUAUUGCCGCCGACUGGGAAAAGUAUCUGGAGAAGCGGCAGAAGCACCACUGACAGAUCCCCAAGAAACACACACGAAUCGCACUUUAGUAUUGUAAGGUUUACCCAUUGAGUUUUAUAAGAGAAAAAGAGACAGUUGCAUAAAUGUAUAAAAUGUUGAAACUACGUAUCUACUGUUUCUUUUGUCUUUGGCGCCUCAUUGAUGACACUGCCGUGUAUCGCAUUGUGUCGCUCCAUCAAAUCAUGCCACGGAUCCUCCAGCAUCGAGCUGUGAAAAUACUGCGAAAAGGUGUCCGUACUCGUGCUCCUUCCAUUAUUAAAUUGCCUCUGUUGAUGAUUUUGCUGAUGAAAUCCGCGUCUUCCACCGCGUUGCCCGAAAUUUCUACCUUGUUGCUGGUAAGGUGUUUUAUUACGAUAAAAAUGCGGGGAGCUCUGUCGAUCCUCGUAGAAACCACAUUGUUGUUGUUGUUGCUGCGGCGUUCUGCUUUGAUAGAAAUGCGGAGUUCCUUGUGGCCUGUUUUGUUCUCUUUCGUGCGGUUGUUGCAGGCCGCCAGUGUGCUGUGUCCUGUAGUCCGAUGUCUGCGAAGGAUAUUGACCCACAUGCUGAGAGUAGGGCGAAAAGUAGUUUGUGUUUUUUCGUGGUGCACUCAUUGUUAUUAUUACGAUUAUCAAGAA